UUUUUUUUUCUCCUUCGCCUGCAGCACUAACGGCCUCGCCAAUCUUGCUAGGAUCGGUUGACUCAGCUUGCCUUUGCCGACGUAGUCCCGCCAACGGCUCCUCGCCGGUUUUACCCAUUUAACAGCUGUAUAAACAUGCUAAAAGCACAGACAGCUCGCACCACGCUUCAAAGUUUGGUGUCUCGACAGUUCUCGAGUAUUUCGAAGUAUGUAACUCGAGUCCCACAGUUGCUCGGUAACCCCCGACGCUGUUAUCUCUCGGGAAAUGCUUCCGUAGAGAAGCAGAAACAGCCUUUUCCGUUGCACUCCCUAGUGCUUCCGACGACCGAUGCCCUUUCCCGGUCGAUUCUUUCGUUUGUGGACCAAGGAGUACUUACGGACACCGAUACUUCUGUUGAAUACACACACGCAGCACUGAAGGCCGGUGCUGGCUCCAGUAGUCCGUCAAAGCUCUUGUUAUUCAACGGACCGAGCCACAAAGCAGUGGUGCAGUUGCGGUCCAGGGUGAUUGAUGAGCUCCGUAACUACAGAAAGAACAAACUAAUAUUUACGUUUUCUGAGACCGAAGCCCCGCUUCUCCAGAAAAAGGUAGACGCACUUCGACUGCAAGCCCCGUACAAACAUGUCUUUGUUGAAUGGCACCAGGAUGCGGGCAAGGGGCCCGGCCAGGUGAGCGUUUAUGCCCCUUCAAGGGACGUGGCGGAUCUGCUUGGGGUAAAGAUCCGCAUGGCGUUAGAAGCAGCCAGGGUGGCUGUUAAGGAUAAGUCUUGUUUGCUCGAGAACUUCGAAGUCUGAUGUUGUUGUUAUUGAUUGCAUCCCAGAAGAAAGAAAAUCAUUGCCCCGCUGGGGUAAGCAGGUGUUGUCAAACUGCCCGCAGGUAUGAUGGGCAUAUGGUACAGGGUCUAAUCUACGUCUACCAGCAGUGGUGAUCUUAUAAAUAGUGAAAUUCACGAUUAUACAUA